AUGGGGAAAAUGUGGUACCCACCGGAGACGUAUCUCGACAAGUGGGCGGCAGAAAAUGAGCUCUCGGCCGCGCGCUUUGUCGCACGUCUCGACGAGGUCGCAAGAAAUGACUUGCAAAUUACGCCCGCCAAACUCGCGCGCAUCGACAAAUACUGCGUUGUCCAGAACGGCGACCCUGUCAUAUCCGAAGCCUCAUUUGAAAGCCUCCUCACCUCUUUCUACCCUGCACCCAGUGGCCCGCCUAUCCUCAAAAAGGCUGCUCCCGUACUCUUCCGCAUGCUCGUUUACCUGUCGCGAUACCCCUUUAUGCCAGAGCUGGCAACAGAACAAAAAGGUGAAAAUGCACACCUUAGCCGCAACGGUCUUGUUCGGGCCGUUCUCAUUGCGCACAAAGAUCGAGCAAGACGAACCGUUGGCGGCUAUGGUGGGGGUCACACACGCACACGCACAGCAGGAGACCACAGGCGGUUACUGUUCCAGGGCCUAGCAGUCCAGCUAAAGUCGGAUCCGCAAGGGUAUGAGGAGAAAGUGUGGCAGGCGGACGCUGCCCUGCGCGCAAGGAGAUUUUACAGCGGUAUUUCAGACGAGGUGUCCUGCCCGGACAAUGCGCUGACAAAUCGGGAUGAGAUCGGAGACGAGCUUUUCCACGAUGUGGUGGAUUUCAUGUGUCAACUACUGCCUGAUUGGGAGGAAAAUACUGUAAGAAGGGAAAAUCUCCUGGGACUAGCGAAGGGUAUGAUACAGGAGGAAGGGUUAUGUCGUGUGCCAUUGCAGAGGUACGAAUUGAGGAGGGCGGACUUUGAGGCGCUAGUGGAGAUGCUUUUUCUGGUUUACGAGUCGGGAGAGGAGACGUUACCUACAGACUUUGCCAAACGCAGAGAUCAGGUAGUAGAGCAGUUCUUCGGGCAGAGGCAAGGAAUUGAUUUCAAGGUCUUCGAUGAGGUCUCAGGAAGCGGGAGGACAGAUUUUGAUACGGGCUCCGCUGGUGGCAACUUCGCCGGUGGUGAUGACUACAAACCCUCCUUACUUGAGAUGCUAUACUGGAUGCUGGAUGAGCUCUUCAAAGAGACCGCCACAUGA